AUGUUACCCUUUUUAGGCUCUUUAGGCACCUUCGCCUACGGCCUCCUGGUCUUCGCCCUCGUCAUCCACGCCGCAACCAUCAACCAGCUCACCCCAACCGAGCGCUACCUCCGGGACUCAGCCCCCAAGCUUCCGGGAAUCAAAUACUCCAUCCCCAAGCCCUUCCUAGGCGGCAACACCAAUGCUAACACCCGCCAACUCACCGUCUCCCGCAACGUCCAAACCCUUUCAGGAAUCUCCCACUCCACCUCCAUUAGCAGCAAGCACCCCAUCACCCGCUCCGGCAACCGUCGCUCCGCCGUCUCUGUUCUAGGCCAACACCAACGCCGCUUAAAGCAAAACGCCAUUCGCACCAACGCCCACAGCUCCUCCAUCCGUACUCACGGCUCCGGCUCCGGCUCCAGCGACAGCGGUGAUGACAACGGAGAAGAAGGAAGUGCGUACGGCUAUGAAAACGUAACAGUAACCACCGCCUUCGGCACGCAAUACGCCGCCGAAGUGCACUGGAACUCCGUCCCUCUACUCUUACUGCUCGACACCGGCUCCUCCGACACCUGGGCCAUCACGCACAACUUCUCCUGCCUUGAUUACUUGGGGAAUGACGUUCCGCAAGAAACCUGCGGGUUUGGACCUGCUUACACACUACCUCCUCCACAUACUUCCCCUGUCCCUGGCGGUGUUGGUAUAAACGGUACCAACGGUACCAACUCCUCAUCUACUUCCCACCCAGCCCCUAAGCCGCCAAAGGAAGAAGAUCUGUGGAAACCCUACGGCCCUACAGACCCCCAGACGCACAUGUUCAUCCAAUACGGCGACGGAGAAAUCGUCACAGGGCCGAUGGGUUUUGCUGAUAUUUCUGUGGGCAAUAUUACUGUCAAGAAGCAGCAGGUUGCGUUGGCGGAAAAGACCUUUUGGUUUGGAAAUAAUUUGACGAGUGGACUUAUGGGGUUGGCGUUCCCUAGUUUGACGAAUGCUUACUUGGGGGAUGUGCCUGGUGGGAGUGGUUCGGGAUCAGGGUCCGGAUCGGGAUCGGGAAGCGGAGAGGGAGGAGAUGGUGAAGGAGAAGAUGAUGGAAGUGGAGGAGGUCUAGGAAACGGCGAAGGUCACGAAUCCUAUAACCAGCUUUAUUACCCGCCCUUGUUCACGAGCAUGGUUAACCAGGGCUCGGUACCGCCGCUGUUCAGUAUCACGAUUGAUCGGAAUGCUAGCUCGGGAUUGUUGGCGUGGGGUGGGCUGCCGCCUGCGAAAGGGUUGGAGAAGGGGAAGGAUGUGGAGUUGGAUAUGAUCAUUACGAACCUCAUCGACGUCCCCGAAACCGCCUACGAUUACUCAUUCUACACCGUCAUCCCUGAUGGAUGGCAAUUCGGCCUGAACACCAACACCAGGAAAUUCCCUUAUAUCGUCGAUAGCGGGACUACGCUUUGCUAUUUGCCUUCUGCCGAAGCACAAGCAAUAAACCUCUCCUUCAACCCGCCCGCCAUCUACCUCUGGAUGUACGGCGCCUAUUUUACGUCCUGCGACGCCAUCGUCCCCCGUCUCGGCGUGAUUUUGGGGGGCAAGACCUUCUACAUGAACCCCAUGGACUUGAUCAACCAGGACAUGGUGGACCCGCUGACGGGAUUGUGCAUGACGGCGAUUGCGGAUGGAGGCGCGGGGCCGUAUAUUUUGGGAGAUGUGUUUAUGCAGAAUGCGUUGACUGUUUUCGAUGUGGGGAGGGGGAAGAUGAGGUUUUUGGGGAGGGAGUUUUAUUGA